AGCAGCUUCCGGCUGAUCGUUUGAUUUAGCAGACAUUAAAUCGUUUGAUACGUCGUAAACAUAUUCUACAAAGUAAUGUAUUAAAGCUGAAUCGUAUGGAGGUUGACUAAUAACAUGGGUAUGUGGAUACAUUGUACUUGGAAAGUGUCUGCUCAAUGAUGGCUUGAAUAUAACGUCCUGUCGCCUAAGCUAGGCUAGCUUGCUAGCUAGUUAACGUUAGCGGUUCUAGCUAGCUAACUACUAGUCUAGCUAGCGUUACUUGCUAGUUGUUAGAUGAUGUGUUAGCUAGCUAUUAUGCUAAAGUACGUUAUAGACGUCUGCAGUAUUGUCAAUAACUGACUUGUUGUCUUACUUACUCCUGGCUUUAUUACAGCAGUAGCUAUGAGUUCAACUUGUCCGGGACUGUAUUGCGGCAAGACGUUAACAAAUGGCUCAUUUGAUGGAGAAUGUGGGGUGAGUAGCUCCACCCAGCUGAUUUUCAACAAAAAUCAUCGAUCUGGGCCUGUUGGAAUGGCAUUAUAGCUACUGUAGCACUAGCUAUGUUUUGUAACCUUAUAGUAGACUAUGCCCGCACACUAAAAUGUAGUUGAAUGAUCAGGUAUGUCCCAGAGGAGAGAGGACUAACAUGCAGAAGAUCUGUGAGAAGUGUACAGAAUCCCCUGAACUUUAUGACUGGCUGUACCUGGGCUUCAUGGCAAUGCUGCCACUGGUUCUACACUGGUUCUUCAUUGAGUGGUACUCUGGAAAGAAAAGGUAAUGCCUCACAUUCAGGCCAAUUUACUGCAGAGGUAAACAAUUAUGUAUUUGGUCAUCAUAACCCAUGGUCAAUAGGCAGCAAAUUGUGGAAUUUACUGUAGAGGUGCUUUUGGAAAGGAGGUUUUUAACUUUGUCCUCUUGUAGCCUACUUGGUAACUCGCGUUAAUGUUUCUGAUAUUAUGUAUAUUUUUCUGCAGCUCCAGUGCCCUCUUCCAACACAUAACUGCCCUGUUUGAGUGCAGUGCUGCGGCUGUGCUGACUCUACUGGUCAACGACCCAGUGGGUCUGCUGUCUAUCAGGUCCUGCAGAGUCCAGAUGCUGUCAGACUGGUACACCAUGCUGUACAACCCCAGCCCAGACUAUGUCACAACUCUACACUGCACACAGGAAGCUGUCUUUCCCCUGUGAGUAGCCUAUGUUGUCCAUGUCAUGAAUUGGACCUAUACGCUUUGUACUUGUAGGGGUGAUUUCACAGCUAGUCCUGGACCAAACACAUGUUGAAAUAGCUUUUUAGUCCAGUAUCUCUGUCUCGAAACAGUCUCAUAAUGAACUGAUAUGAAUUGGUAAUGAGUUGAACAUGUAUUUGUAAGUCGCUCUGGAUAAGACCGGCUGCUAAAUGAUGUAAAUGUAACAGUUAAUCAGCCAGGGGCAAUGCGUUCUAUUGAAAAUAAUGAACGACGUGGAAGGUGUAUUCCAUGACGCGCUAGCAGAGUGGAACUAACCUUCCACUGAGUUGCAUUAUUUUCCAGAGAACGCAUAGAGCCCCGAGUUGAUUGUCCCUUUUAUACCAUGGCUAUAAUUUAACACAUUUGCCGCUACCAUCAGUCCUAGCUUGCUAUUAUGAAAGUCGAUUUCAACAAUGCCAAUAAUGUUUUCAAUGUGACUUUUGCUUUCAAAAGCUAUAGCCAUUGAAUUCUACUGUGAUAUACUGUGCGUUAUAGGGAAAUAAUGCACGCUCUAGAAUGCUCUUCAAGCCAAUCAGAAACGACUAUUCAACAAUGCCAUGGUAUAAAUGAAAUUGGUUGGUAUGUUCAGGUUCAGAGCAGUGUGCACACCAUCAAGCACAGUGUGAUGUGAGCUGUUUUGUUAAUUGAAUAACAUGGCUUAUCAUAUUCUGUGUCCGCAGGUACACUAUAGUGUUGAUCUACUACGCCUUCUGCCUGGUGUUCAUGAUGCUCCUGCGUCCACUCCUGGUCAAAAAGAUUGCCUGUGGUCUGGGGAAAUCUGACCGCUUCAAGAGCAUCUACGCUGCUCUCUACUUCUUCCCUAUCCUGACAGUCCUGCAAGCUGUGGGAGGCGGCCUGCUCUGUGAGUAUGUUUUCAAAUGAGGGUCCAGUCAGGUUCGGUCCAGUCAGGUUAAGUCCAGUUUGUAUUUAGAUAGUAUUCAUGGUUACAUAAUUGAUUUAUGUGAAAUGCAUUCUUUUAAAGAGCGACUGCCUUUUAAAAAGCAACGGAUCCCUUUUAAAUGUCCUCUGUGGUAUUGAUAUCAGUCAGAAACAGGUGUUCUAGUGUCAAAAUUGACUACAAAUGGUAAAUAGGAUAUUUUUGGUCAUAAAGUCAGUGUCGUCUAAAACAGAGUUUGGAACAUCCGUGCGUCACAACUGGUAAAUUAAGGUUGGGUUUUGAUUUGAUUUUAUGAUGUCCAUUGGCCCACUAACAUGGGGUGAACAGCUGCGGUGAUUGCGCUCUAUCCAAUAGCAUAGACAGUGAGAAGGACCUGCCCAGCAGCUCUGACUUUGUUUACAUUAAUUUUUUUAAAUAAUUUUAUUUCACCUUUAUUUAACCAGGUAAGCCAGUUGAGAACAAGUUCUCAUUUACAACUGCGACCUGGCCAAGAUAAAGCAAAGCAGUGCGAUAAAAACAACAACACAGAGUUACAUAUGGGGUAAACAAAACAUAAACAACACGUUGCACAUUUUGUUACUUGAGAAACACUUCAGUUAAAUGUAAAAUUGCGCAACUAAAACAUCCUUGGCAAAAACAUCAACAUUAAUUAGAUUUCUUGAGCUAUCUUAGAUUCAUUCUGGGGAUUUUGAGGAAGUGAAAUAGGCUUAAAGGAGUGGGGCAGGCAAAUGGAAUCGGUCAGGAAAACACGCCUCCAAGACUGAAAUCUAAUUUGUCUAAUUAGCAACAUAAAAACACACGUGCCAAUCGGCAUGUUCAGUCACUCUUGAAGGCCAGAGGUCUUGUGGCCUUGGAAGCCCAGGAUUCUCAUGUUCUGUUCGAAUGCCUGGGGAAGUUCUAUUCAGGAAGACUAUAAAACAAUGUGUGGAGGACGGUGGAGUCUGCAUGGAAACUAGUGGCACGUGAGAGUAGCUGAACCAGGCAUACAUGGAUGCCAUUCGACCUGGGUUCAAAUCCAGCCUUUUGCCCUUUGACUCACCCUCCUAUCUUCCCAGUCUUUCCAAUACUUUACUAGCUCUUCAAAAAGUUAAAGAAAUACAAAACUAGAUGGCCUGCCCUACUCCGCCCCACUUCGCAUGGGUGGAGCACCAAAGAGUUUGUUUCUGAAGUUUUCUGACUUGCAACAAGCUAGCAUAAGAUACAACAUUUGGUCUGACACGGUAGGAAUAGAUACACGGACAAAUCAUGGAAAAAAACUAAUACGGGAAUGCCUCUCCAGAGGGGAAACAUAAUUUUUGCACAGAGCAAAUCAAAUGUGAGUGUUAACAACCAACCAUUCAAAAGCAAAAUACAAAACUGAAGUUCUCCAGACUUCCAAUAGUCAAGCAUUUGGAAGGAGGGCCUGGCGAGACUAGAGGUCUUGCCACAUGACUGUGGUAUAAGCUUGAUAUUUUCUGUUUAUUUCAGAUUAUGCUUUUCCAUAUAUUAUUUUGGUGUUGUCCCUGGUUACCCUGGCAGUGUACAUGUCAGCCUCAGAAAUACAGGUAAGAAACUCUUGAUUUUAUACUUACCUAACGUUUGUGAUCAACUCAGUCAACAACAUUGUAUGAGCACAUAUUCAAUUUCCUAAGUGUUUACUCCUAUCCAUAGUCUUUCAAGAAUCUUGUUGCCAAGAAGAAGAGGUUGGUGGUGCUCUUCAGCCAUUGGCUCCUUCACGCGUAUGGCAUCAUCUCCAUCUCCCGAUUGGAUAAACUGGAGCAGGACCUGCCUCUAUUGGCCCUGGUACCAGGACCUGCCCUCUUCUACCUUCUCACUGCCAGGUUCACUGAACCUAGCCGGAUUCUGUCAGAAGGCGGCAAUGGCCACUAGAACUAUUAUAGAGGGAUGUGGGGAUUAAUAUCCACCUAUCUAUCAAUUCAGAAGGUGUUGUGCAAUAGAGAUCUGGACGAUAGCCUUUACUGCCUCCUUUGAGGAUGGUAGUAUGAGGACUGCUAGUAUGAUGACUGCUGCAUGCAGUGUUGAUGGCGUGAGUUCAUCUCACAGGGAGAAGGAAGAUUUGAUGAUAUUUCUGCAACUAAGGUGGGAAAACAAUCACCCUAUGCACAUAUGUACAGUGGGGAAAAAAAGUAUUUAGUCAGCCACCAAUUGUGCAAGUUCUCCCACUUAAAAAGAUGAGAGAUGCCUGUAAUUUUCAUCAUAAGUACACGUUAACUAUGACAGACAAAUUGAGAAUUUUUUUUCCAGAAAAUCACAUUGUAGGAUUUUUUAUGAAUUUAUUUGCAAAUUAUGGUGGAAAAUAAGUAUUUGGUCACCUACAAACAAGCAAGAUUUCUGGCUCUCACAGACCUGUAACUUCUUCUUUAAGAGGCUCCUCUGUCCUCCCCUCGUUUCCUCUAUUAAUGGCACCUGUUUGAACUUGUUAUCAGUAUAAAAGACACCUGUCCACAACCUCAAACAGUCACACUCCAAACUCCACUAUGGCCAAGACCAAAGAGCUGUCAAAGGACACCAGAAACAAAAUUGUAGACCUGCACCAGGCUGGGAAGACUGAAUCUGCAAUAGGUAAGCAGCUUGGUUUGAAGAAAUCAACUGUGGGAGCAAUUAUUAGGAAAUGGAAGACAUACAACACCACUGAUAAUCUCCCUCGAUCUGGGGCUCCACGCAAGAUCUCACCCCGUGGGGUCAAAAUGAUCACAAGAACGGUGAGCAAAAAUCCCAGAACCACACGGGGGGACCUAGUGAAUGACCUGCAGAGAGCUGGGACCAAAGUAACAAAGCCUACCAUCAGUAACACACUACGCCGCCAGGGACUCAAAUCCUGCUGUGUCCCCCUGCUUAAGCCAGUACAUGUCCAGGCCCGUCUGAAGUUUGCUAGAGUGCAUUUGGAUGAUCCAGAAGAGGAUUGGGAGAAUGUCAUAUGGUCAGAUGAAACCAAAAUAUAACUUUUUGGUAAAAACUCAACUCGUCGUGUUUGGAGUACAAAGAAUGCUGAGUUGCAUCCAAAGAACACCAUACCUACUGUGAAGCAGGGGGGUGGAAACAUCAUGCUUUGGGGCUGUUUUUCUGCAAAGGGACCAGGACGACUGAUCCGUGUAAAGGAAAGAAUGAAUGGGGCCAUGUAUCGUGAGAUUUUGAGUGAAAACCUCCUUCCAUCAGCAAGGGCAUUGAAGAUGAAACGUGGCUUGGUCUUUCAGCAUGACAAUGAUCCCAAACACACCGCCCGGGCAACGAAGGAGUGGCUUUGUAAGAAGCAUUUCAAGGUCCUGGAGUGGCCUAGCCAGUCUCCAGAUCUCAACACCAUAGAAAAUCUUUGGAGGGAGUUGAAAAUCCGUGUUGCCCAGCGACAGCCCCAAAACAUCACUGCUCUAGAGGAGAUCUGCAUGGAGGAAUGGGCCAAAAUACCAGCAACAGUGUGUGAAAACCUUGUGAAGACUUACAGAAAACGUUUGACCUGUGUCAUUGCCAACAAAGGGUAUAUAACAAAGUAUUGAGAAACUUUUUUGUUAUUGACCAAAUACUUAUUUUCCACCAUAAUUUGCAAAUAAAUUCAUAAAAAAUCCUACAAUGUGAUUUUCUGGAAUUUCUUUUCUAAUUUUGUCUGUCAUAGUUGACGUGUACCUAUGAUGAAAAUUACAGGCCUCUCUCAUCUUUUUAAGUGGGAGAACUUGCACAAUUGGUGGCUGACUAAAUACUUUUUUCCCCCACUGUAUAUAAUCUAUAAAGCUCCUUAUAUUUAGAAGUGUUGUAAAUUAUUGAAUGUUAUUGUGUUGAUGUUUGUGGACACUUGAUUGUUGUUGUCUAAGGCCUAAGAUGUACUGUUCCUCAUUGAGGCUGUUAUACAUGUUGUGUAUAAACAUAUUCACUCUUUCAUAUUUUAUGCUCAACAUCCUUGAUUGUUUUAAUCUCAGAUAUCCUUGAUUGUUGUUGUGAAAUCGAAGAUGGUCUCUGGAUUGUCCAAUAGUUUAAGUUAAGUUCUUGAACUAAAUAUAAUGUGCCAAAAACUCAACACAUGCAUACGCCCAGAGGCAGAUACAAUGGUCCAUUAUAACCUAAUAUUAAUCGUUACAAGUCAAGUGGAUGAAGUUUGAUUAUUUUGCUUGUUAAAAAAUGUAAUAAAUUAUAUUGCCGUUUCCCUAUAAAUUCUGUUGUGGAAAUAAGCUGUUGAAUAGUAAGCAAGUGAAAUUGUGAAUUCAGUUCAUGAAUGCUCAUAUAAUGCCUGUAAAUGGAUAACAAUGGACGAGUUUAUUAGACCUAUAUAAUUUUUAAACACAGAACGAGGACUUGACUUGCUAUAAUUUUGGCUAUUGUGGAAACUGUCAGAAGUGUUGUUCAAAUGACAACUUCUGAAAUAAAAAUCACAAGUGUGACUCAACUCAUCUACUUCCAUCUGAAAUGACUUUCAUUUGUGCUUAGUUUUUGUAACACAAGCAUUUCGCUACACCCG